AUGAGAUCUGAGCUCGCUCCGUAAUGAGGAAGACUGGCUGGGUGACCAGCAGGCGACCGUGGUGAAUUACACACGCACGCAGGAGGAAAAGGAAAGUCGAGCCGAAUACCAAGCCAACUUUGCUAGCUGACGCGGCCCAAGAGGAGACAUCACGGAGGAACCUGACGUGGCUUUACUCACUUUAUCCUCCUUCCCGGGCGAUGGUCUGAGCGGGGCGGGCAAGGAACUGGUAGAGGAAAGUGCGAGAGGGCAACGGCGAACGAGUGCGGCGAGGUACACAUGUACUGUGUGUUAUCUAUCGAGCUUAUUUGAUGACGGGUUGAACCGAUUACUGUAUAGAGAACGUAGUAGAAAAGAAAAGAAAGAAAAGAAAAGCUGGAGUCUCUCUGUUAACGAAGAAUGAAGAUAAAGCAACCACACCCAAUUACGAUGAGGCUGGUCAUGAUGGCAGUGGUGGCGGUGGCAGCAAUGGUGAAUGGCGUGAGUGGGGAGCAGCCUAGAGUGGAGACGCCAGCAGGUGUGUUUCUGGGGGCAGAGCACAUCUCGGCACGCCAGGGAAGGAAGAUGUUCGCUUUUACGGGGAUCCCUUAUGCUAAGCCUCCCCUGGAUGACUUGAGAUUCAGGAGACCCUUUCCUUACGGUCCAUAUCACCAGCCUUUCAACGCUACUGGGGAAUCUCCACCUUGCCUACAGUGGGACACCCUGAGAGGCCGAGGUUCUGUGGGCCAGGAGGACUGCCUCUACCUCAAUGUCUACACCAAUACGAUCCCACAACCGCCACAUUACUACAACACCCAGCCGGUGAUCGUGCUGCUCCACGCCGGCACCUGGUUGGCUGGGGGCGGAGGAGAUGGUCUCUUUCAGCCAGACUACAUGAUCGAAUCAGACGUUACGGUGGUUACUCUCAACCAUCGCCUGGGACCCUUUGGAUUCUUGUCAACUGAGGAUGAGGAGAGUCCGGGGAACUACGGCCUCAUGGACCAGAUCCUCGCCUUGGAAUGGGUGCGGGACAACGUGCGCUACUUCGGUGGCAUGAACGACUCUAUCACCGUAAUGGGGUCCGGCGCCGGGGGCAUGAGCGCUCAUCUGUUGCUUCUGUCACCCUUCACUCGCGGUGCCUCUCUCCACAACGACCAUUCCGCUUUGAUCCAAGGAGCGAUCUCACAGAGUGGCACUGCAUACAGUCCUCAAGCCAUCGUCAGAAAACCUCGUGGUUUUGCCUUCAAGCUUGGCCUUCACUUGGGCUGCACCACCCCCAGCUCCAAGGAUCUUCUUAGCUGCCUGCGCUCUAUCUCGGCCGACACCAUCAACAAGCAAAUACCGUCACUCUUCGAAUGGGACGAGGAACCUCUUCCCUUUGGGCCCGUGAUUGACACCUGGCGAAAAGACGAGGCUUUCCUGCCGGACGAGCCACACCACCUCAUCCGUCACGGCCAGUUCCUGCAUGUGCCCUGGAUGGUUGGCACCAACAGAAAUGACGGAGCCUUCAGGGUGCAAGACAUACUAAAGGACCCAAGUCUGACGGCAAACCUCAACAACCAUUGGGAAAAGUAUGGUCCUCUCCUGUUAGACUUAAAAGAAACCUCCUGUAAAGACCCAGUCGACAUGGCAAAUAAGAUACGCAACCACUACCUUGGCAAGAAGAAAUUUAGCGAGAAAUCAUCCACUGAAUUUGUCGAGAUGAUGACAGACCGCUUCUUCCUGUAUCCUACUGACCAGGCAGCUAAGGAUCACUCCUACUACCUUAGGGGACGAUAUUGCUACAGGUACGAGAUGGCAUACACUGGCCGAAAGUCAUUCCUUCACAUCCUCCAUCAAGACUCGCCACGUGAAGCCACCGCCUCGCUGCUUGGAGCGGCCCCGUCAAAUCCUCGCUUCCAGAACACCCGUGACGCCCAUGGGUGGGGCGUUAGCUUCCUGGACGAGCUGCUUUUCCUCUUCCCGUCCAGCAAACUUGACUUUGUCUACAGGCAAGAUUUUGGGUCCGACUCAGCGUCCAGGGUCUCCACGCACAUGAUUAUGCUCUGGACCAACUUUAUUAAAGGAGGCGACCCAACGCCCGUAAUGAAAAACUGGCCGGAUGACGUAUCUCCUUGGGGCACGUGGUGGGAGCCGUUCGUGAAGAGCUCCUACUACUACAUGCAGAUCGACCCAAAGAUGGAAACUCUGGGACAACCACUCAAAGAAAAGGAAAUGGCUUUUUGGAAUGACCUGCCUCUUUAUGAGAAUCGCGAUCACAAUGUUAUUCGGGAUGAGUUGUGAUGCCCUUCAGUUCUUCAGUUCCUGCUUCUGCUCCCUUCUUCAGAACCUUUUUGUAUUUGCUCUCCCUUCCGAAAAUUUGUUUGAAAAAGAAAAAAGAGAAAAGAGAACAAUGCCUUAAUGCCUUACUAGUGUCCUGCUUCCUUUGUUCAAUAGCACAUCUGUUGCUGAGUAUUGAGAAGUUGUCCCUAACACCGACUCUCUACACAAGUGUCCAUUUGAGAAACAGACAUGUGUACCUGAGUCAUUAUUAACUAUUGACACUGAAAUACCAACAUGAACUUUACUACGAAACUGACAACUGGCAAGGUGCAACUGAAAGAUCUUGGCUUACUAGUAGUAGUAGUAAUAGUAGUAGUAGUAGUAGUAGUAGUAGUAGUAGUAGUAGUAGUAGUAGUAGUAGUAGUAUGGUAUAAUUCAACAAAAUCCUUGUUUUUUUAUAUUCUUUAUUCUCCUUUGUGGUGAUGAAAAAAAUUAAAACGUGAUGAAACUGUGCUAGUGUGAAUAAUUAUGCAAUGAAUAUAUGAUAUAAAACAAUAAAUGCAUGAUACAU